UUAAUAUAAUGACAGUACAUUUAUUGUAGAAAAAGUAGUGCGGAAAAUUUAAAUCCAAGAAUUUCCAUUCUGCAUUCAGGGCUCAUAAUAUGUGGGUAAAAUAAAAAGGAUGAUUUGUGGUGGCUUUAAUAAAAAAGGAAGAAAACAUGUGACAUGAGGUCUGUCUUUGUUUUAUAGGUAUGUAAAAUGUCCUAGGUGUGCAGAGAUCUACAAACUAUCCAAGUAUGUUAUCAUUAAAACAUGUGUAUUUUUUCCAAGCUGGCAUUGGGAUCUCAGCCAAUGCCUUCCUCCUCGUCUUCCACAUCUUCACAUUCCACCAGGUUCGUAGGCCAAAGCCCACUGAUAUAACCAGCUGUCACCUGGCCUUUGUCCACCUAGUGAUGCUGCUUACUACGGUGGAAAUUUUGUCUUCACACAUGUUCAAGUCAGUGAAUUUUCCAAAUGACUUUAAAUGUAAGGUUUCAUACUAUGUGAGCAGGGUGACACGGAGUCUCUCCAUCUCCACCACCUGUCUCCUGAGCAUCGUUCAGGUCAUCAUCAUCAGUCCCAGCUCCUUCUACUUGUCAAGAUUUAAGCACCAACUCACAAAUUAUAUUAUCAUUGCUUUCUUUUCUUUUUGGUCCCUCAACCUGUCUUCCAAUAGCAGCAUGAUCAUCUAUGCAGAAGCUUAUUCUAACAGGACCAAUCUACUCAAUGUCAGUAAAUACUGCUCACUCUCCUCAAUGAACUCUGUCAUCAUGACACUAUUUCUCACACUUACAUUGUCUCAGAAUGUCUUCUUUAUAGGAAUCAUGCUGCUCUCCAGCAUGUACAUGGUGGUUUUCUUAUGUAGCCAUCAGAGGAAGUCUGAAUACCUUCACAGCAUGAGCAUUUCCCCAAGAAUCUCUCCAGCAAAACGGGCCAGCCAUACUGUCCUAGUGCUGGUGAGUUUCUUUGUGAUUAUGUACUGUGUGGAUAGCAUCAUCUCAUCCUUCUCAUCCAUACUGCGGAAAUAUGAACCAGUUGUCGCGGAUAUCCAGAGACUUGUGGGAAAUGUCUAUGCCACAGUCAGUCCUUUGGUACUUAUUAGUUCUGAUAAAAGGUUAAUUGGCAUUCUGCAAAAUGUGAUUGGUAUGAAAACAAUGUUAAAUUGAUGAAACAAAUAUUACAACUUUUUUGUCAAGUAAUUUAAAAAAAAAUCUAAGAUUUUCAUGCAGUUUAAAUAUGCAAGAUUUUGUCUUGUACUUUUGUCUUGUAUCUUAAUAUUUUGUAAUUUGACAC